AUGGGGGUGAGGCGGCCGGGGAGGAACCCUAACCGCAGCGGCGUCAUCGGGCGGAGGGGAUCGAUUGGCAUAUUUCCAACAAAAGGACCCGCUGCCUCUCCGACCAGCGAAAAGGGCCAUGGCUUGCGCGGGCGUGGUCGCGGCCGUGGCCGUGGCCGUGGCCGCGGCGGCCCAUCCCCCGGUAGCGCUCCUGGUGGGAGCGGCGCCGCUCCCUUGGGCCCUGGCUCGCCCGCUCCAACAGGCUUCUUUGCUCCUUAUGGGGCCCUCAUUCCUGGACUGUCUGCAGCGCGGGCUCCCUGGGCUGCGCCGAACGCCGCGGGCGUGCUCGACCCACGCCCUCCUGCACCUCAUCAGGCCUACCCCGUGUUGUCGUCGUCCUCCAAUGGGCCUACUUGGGAGCAGUAUAACCAGCUAUACGUUGCUCUCCAGGGCCUCUCCAUGCAGCAGCAGCACGCCGGUGGCGCGCCGGACUGGUUCCUCGACACGGGCGCUACGUCGCACGUCGCUGGACCUAGCCACGGGGAAGCUCAUCAUGAGGUCCAAUAG